AUGAUAGCAGGAACUGAAAACUUUGAUAUCGAUGACUAUCAAUCACUCGUGCACAAAGAACAGUCUGGCAUAUUUAAAAGGUUACAGAAGUUUUUAUUAGUUCAUUUUAUUGAAAUCUUUGAGCCUGAGCUCAAUGCUCAAAUCUCUUAUAGGAAGCAAAUAACUCUCGAGAUGAUUUCAACAAUAAUUAUUACCAUUCAGGUAAUAUCGCUUUUUUGGUAUCCUGGCAUGCCACUCCGUCAUUGGAGCUCAUAUUCAAUGUUUUGAGAUUUUCUCACACUCCCCCCCCUUUAAAUUGAAACAAAAUAUCGGUAAAAAUUCCACUUUUUUGGUAAAUUAACCCCCCUUUAAAUUGGAACAAAAUUUAAUUUUAUAAUAAAAAAUUAUAUAUAAUUUUUAUCUAAAAAGUUUUGAUAUAAGUUAAAUGUUUCUUCUUAACUAAAAUUAAAAAUUUAUUUAUAUCUUGCUCUUUUUUAAAGAAAAAAGUAUAAAGAGCAUCUUAUUUAAAUAAAUUUAUUAUCCUUAAUUGGUAAAUUUUAAAAAAAAUUCAUUUUUUUUUAAAAAUUUUCAAAAAAAUUUUUGUUUUUUUUGAUAAAAAUGUUAUUUUUCUAUUUGCAUAGACUUACAAAGUAUGGCUUUCUUAAAGAAAACUUUGAAGCGUAUAUACAAAGGUUAA